AAAAUACAACGCCGUCACGAAUAGCCGCUUAAUGCGUCGCACCAGAUUGAGAGAAGUAAAAGUCGACGAUUUUUAGUGGAAGUCUGCUCAACGGUAGUUUGUCGCAAUCCCGCACAAUAAUAAUAACAACGAUAAUAAUAACAAUAACAACGCGUGAAUCGGUGUGAAUGUAGCUCGGUUUGAAUCAACACAUGUGACUAUAUAGGGCUUCGUUGCUGCCCGGUGACUUCAUCAUCUGUGACCGCUCGCUUUUGAAUAUUCAUUGAAAAAGCAACGGGGGAGUUUCUCGAGGGUUUUUUACGACAGAAGCGCGUCCGUCCGUGCGGAGCGGUGGGAACGGCAGCAAGAUGGCGGCGCUGAAGGAGGAGCAGUGCUACGGACUGUCCUGUGGAAGAGUGAGCAACGGCAGCAAUGUCUCCGUCUUUCACGUUAAACUCACUGACAGCGCGCUGCGGGCGUUCGAGGGCUUCCAGAGCAGCAAGGUUCUGUCAUCACGGCCAUUGAUCAGAUUUAAUGGAAACCAAGGGAAAAUUUCAAUACCUCGGUCAGAAAAUUCCAGUGAACUGCAGUCGUUUACUUUCUACCUGUCGAAUGUGGGCAGAGACAACCCCCAGGGCAGCUUCGACUGCAUCCAGCAGUACAUCACGAGUGAAGGGAGCAUUCAGCUGGAUUGUUUGGGUGGGAUCCAGGACAAGAUUACAGUGUGUGCCACGGACGAGUCCUACCAGAAGGCCAGGGAAAACAUGGCCCAGGUCGAGGAGGAGACGCGCAGCCGGAGUGCCAUCGUCAUCAAGCCCGGGGGCAGAUUUGUAGGUAAGAAGGUUCAGAUCCGGAAACCGGCACCUGGCCUGUCGGACGUCGCCCCGCUGCGGAGGACGUCUCGGCCUGUCAUCAUCUCCAGCAGCACGAUAAAGAAGGGCACGCCUCAGCACAGGCCGCUCCGAGAGCGCCUCACGCACCUGCUGGCACUCAAGCCUUACAAGAAGGCCGAGCUGAUUCUGAGAUUGCAGAAAGAUGGCCUCUUGCCAUUGGACAAGGACUCCCUGGAUAGCUACCUGCAACAGGUGGCGAACCUGAAUGGGAAAGACAACACCUUCACAUUGAAGGACAUUUUGUAUAAGGAGAUUCAGAACGACUGGCCCGGCUACACGGAAGGAGACCAGCAGCUUCUCAAGAGAAUCAUGUUCAAGAAACAGAGCCAGAACAGCGCCGCCCCUCUGCUGGAGAGCCCGCCCAAAGAGCUGGCCGGCAGCUCGCCGUCUCAGAAACGACCUGCUGCCGACUUCAUCGACCCUCUCGCCAACAAAAAGCCGAGGAUAUCGCAUCUCGCCAGCAAGGCUGCAGCGGCCCCAGUCAACGGCAAGCUCAGCAACGGGCGAGGGGAGGCGGGCGGGGCUCCGGCGGGCGGGGCUCCGGCGGGCCUGGCGCUCUCCAUGUCGGACGCCGCCGUGACGUCCAGCUCGCAGCCGCUCCCGCUGCUCGACAUCCCCCGUCCCUUCGAAGCGCUGUCGGACGUCAGCAACGACUCCAGCCACAACGGGCGCGACUGCGACUCUCAGGAAACGGCGGCGUCCGAGCGGCUGGGCCAGCAGCCGACGCUGCUCUCGGGCCCGCCGCCCGGCGUCGCCGCCUCGCCGCCGCAGCUCCCCCCCGCGCACCCGGGCCCAGUUGUUCCCCGGGACAAGAGCCCGUCGUCUUUGCACAGCAAGUCCAGGAAGAAGUCCAAAAAGCAUAAAGACAAGGAGAAGGGCAAGGACAAGGCGAAAGAAAAGGCUCAAGAGAAGGAGAGGAAGAGUCGUGGGGAUCGAGUGCCUGAGCCCAAACAAGCCUGUGCGCUGAGUCCAGCCAGCCUCAAAAGUAUUCCAUACAAAAGCACAGAUCUGAACGGGGUGUGCAACAGUACCAGUAUUCCUACGUCGUCACCAGAGGUGGCGGGCUAUUUAUUGAAGUACACGGUGAUCGCCUCUCCGGAGCAGCGCCAAAGGUAUAAAAACGAUUUCAACGCAGAGUACAGCGAGUACCGGGGUCUGCACGCCCGGAUAGACGGCAUCACCCGGCAGUUCACUGUGCUCGACAACGAGCUGAAACAGCUCCAUCAAGGCACAGAGAAGUACAAGACAAUCCACAAUCAGAUACUUCAAGAGUAUCAUAAAAUAAAAAAAACUAAUCCAAACUAUAGCCAAGAGAAGAACCGCUGUGAAUAUCUACACAACAAACUGGCCUACAUAAAGAGACUCAUUGCCGAGUACGAUCAACAGCAACUUUAAGAGUAGUUUCUAGACAACGUUUCCCUGUUGUCUCUGGAAACCGGCCUGAUAAAGGAAAACUCUGGAUUCUGCCUGUGCGAGGGAAAAAAAACAAAAAAAAAGUGUUGACAUGAAAGAUGCCACAAAAGGAGUAUUGCCCCUCAGAGGAGCCAAAGGCUCUGAUGGAGACUCAAGCAGGACACACAUUAUUCUUUUCUUUUCUGUUUGUAGUUUCUUUUUGGAAGAUGGGGGUUGUGCCUCGAGGAGCCAGGUCUGUCCGUAGUCACAAAUACAUCCAGGAGAAAAAAGAAAAAAAAGCUUCUGCGUGGCUUUAUUUUUUAUUUUUCUCCACAGCCCAGCUUUGUAGUGCACAGAGGUCCGAACGAGUCAAACCUGGAAACUUUCCCACUCUCUUGAGCCUUUUCUUUCUUUUGCUGCUUUUGGAACUAGAUGUUUGAGACGGAGACGUAACCUCGGGACUGCGACGCCAAACGCAGCUCAUCCAUCGUCUACUGAAACCAUCAGUUAUUUCUCAGAUUUUUGUUUAUUAUUAUUAUUAUUAUUAUUUAUUUUUGACACUUAAUUUGCGGGGAUGAGUCUGUUUUACACUCCUCGGUAUCCGUACUUAAAAGCUGUGUCUCCUCCUUUUCUGUUGUCACACGUUGAAUGUCAGCCAGUAUUUUCAUUCAGAAGCUGCCUUGCCCGUUUCAUUGUCGAUCCGUUGGCGUUGAUUAUUAUUUCUCUUUUAAAGAGAAGCGGAUAUUUACUAUUGAUUAAAUCAAAGACGAUGCGUUUGAAUGCACACAGUCGUACGCAGGUUUGUGUGCUCAGCUUUUUUUUUUCUUUUCUGGAAAAUCAACCAAACCUGUGCAGAUGUCUUAAGGUUCCGUAGAUUUCCUUUUUAAAUCGCGGUCCUCGUCACACAGUGCUUCUCCAUCGGCCACGGCAGUUGGUCCUAACGUUCCUCAUCGCGUAUCGGCGGCGGAGAACUCCCUUUAGCUCAUAAUUGGUGGUUAUUCCAGUUUGGGUCCUUUUUUUUGUAGCAAUAGAUGAAUUCAAAGUGAUCGGAAGAGUGAAGUUCCAGCGCUCCUCUUCACCAUGUUUCAGAAAAUCCUCUAAUUGUAAGAUGAUGCAGACGAGGGAUGCAGAUCUUUAUUUUUUAUUUUUUUCUCCUCAUCCCUUAAAUGGACAUUUCAAUUUUAAUCCACCCUUUUCUUUAAAUGAAAAAAACAAAGAUUAUGUUCAGUUCGGUCUGCUCAUUGAGACGACUGUUAAGACGAAGCCAUCGUUGAUCAUCUCUCCGGGCCGAGGCCUCUCGGAGGAAGGCCGGCGUUCGCCUGCGACCAGUUUUUGCCUUUUUCAAAUGUGAUGUCAGACGUUCACCGCGGUUGACCUGAGAUUCCCCGGACCGGACCGGCCCGCCGCGCCGAGGCCCCCCCCCCCGCCUGUGUCGGGAGACUAAUCGGAGCCGGACGUAGCGGGUUUCUCCAAUAACCAUCUUCGUAUGUGAAUAUGGAAGAAUCAGCACUUUUUUUCUCCUGAUCUCGCUGUUACCUGGGGGGUGGUGUGUUGUCCAAAUGACACUUUUUUUUUUUUUCUCCCCCCUCUUUGUCCAUCAGAGUGCAUGCUUUAUGAAUGUGUUACAAGAAGUCUUUGUAUCUUUACUUAAAAAUAAAAUAAAUAAAUAAAAAAACUGCCCAAGGAUACGGAAAGCCAAGCAAAGUGCAACUGAAUUUAGUGCGUAAUCCAUUCGACGUGGCUCUGACCAGCAUGUAUACCAAAGUGCUUACUGAGUGGGACAAAGCGCUCUACCAAAUGACAAAGGAACACGUCGCCGUAGUUCUCACUUGGUCCGUCGAUGUCCCAACAGCCAGUGGAAGCUCUCCCAGUGUUUCCCCCCCCCCCGAGAAGUCGGAGAAGGCUCCUUUUUUCUGUGUUUCCAGCGUUAAGGCCCCGGAUGCUAUACGUCUCUCCUAAUGCAACACUACACUGAGCCCCCCCCCCCCCGCCCCUCCUCCUUCCACCACCACUAACUUUGUAAAGGUCACAUUCUCGGUACCAGAAUCGGCAUCGCCCAGUACUGCCACCUUUUUUGAACAAAGACACUUUUCGCUCACUUGUAUUUGUUUUCUAGAAACAUUCAGGCAUAAUUCCUGUAUGAGGCUUCUAUUGUGAUCGCACAUCCUCUGUGAAUGUGCUCAUCAGUGAACGCGUCCUCGCUCCGGCGCAGAGAGAGCAAGCGGUUUGAGACGUAACCACAUGCCAGCACACCAGUACCGUUGUAAGAGUUGAUUGUGCCAAAAUGACCUGUUGUAUAGGUGUUUUUUUUUUUUGUUUCUUUUUUUUUUUUGUUUUCUCCUGAGUAUAAACAUGCUGCUGUAUAAGCAAAGAGGGCUUUGGGGAAGAGUCAUGAAAUGUCAGCGCUAAAAUCCAAAGCACGCUUUUUGAAAACCAUGAGGGACUGGGACUGAAAAUUGAUCUUUGUUUCAAUAAAAUUCUUUGAAAUCCUUA